CCACCUCACUCCCUGAUACAUGAGGAAAUGGAUGAACAGAAAAUCCGAGAACUCAUCAACAAGAUGAUGGAGCUGCUGACUGGAGAGGUUCCUAUAAGGUGUCAGGACGUGGCGGUCUAUUUCUCCAUGGAGGAGUGGGAGUAUGUAGAAGGACACAAGGAUCAGUACAAGGAUCAGGUCAUGAUGGAGGAUCAGCAGCCCCUCACAUCACCAGUCAGAUUCAGUAAGAGAACAGCACCAGAGAGGUGUCCCCGUCCUCUUGAUCAGCAGUAUAAGGAAAACAUUCCUACAGAGAAAGAUCUGAACAAUAUUAAUGCUACAGACAUAAAGGAAGAAGAAGAGACAGAUGUGAGCGGUGAUGAGCAGUAUAAGGAGGACAUUCCGACAGGGAAAGAUCUGAACAAUAUUAAUGCUACAGACAUAAAGGAAGAAGAAGAGACAGAUGUGAGCGGUGAUGAGCAGUAUAAGGAGGAUGUUCCUACAGGUAACCGCCCAGAUCCCAGGAUAUUGUUAUCCCAUCUUUUUGUGCUCAUCCUAACAAUGAGCAGGAGCGAUCUUUCAGUUUUUUGGAUGUUAGGAGAGCUGUCCUUAACUACAUAGACGUCACCAGUACCUG